UUCCCGGUGCGGACGUGCGUUUGGCGGUGGAAAUUCUUUAGCAUUCGGGAAAUUCGGAAAACAAAAAUCGGAAAAAAAUAACACAAUACUACCGCUCGUUGUAACACUCGGUUAUUUGCGGUUUUUCGGUUUUUUUGGUUUUUUCGCUGGCUGCACUCUAAUUUCAUUAGCCGGAAGGGAAAAUGUCCACCGGGCAGUGCAAAUAAUCCGGAGGCAGAUGAAGAAAGAGGAGCCAAUGAACUUGUGGACAACUUGAGACGACCACAAGGAGGGGAAUCCCCUGUUUUGGGAGGUCAAGGAACAUCAAGGAGUCAGGAGUCAUGGGCGACCUACAGGCCACCAUCGAAUUCGUCGUCGAGCUGCACAAGUUCUUCAAUGUGGAUUUGUUUCAGCGCGGGCUCUACCAGGUGCGCUGUGGCCUGCGUGUUUCGCCCCGUUUACCUGUGCAGGUGGAGACGAGCAUUCCGGAAGCCAAUGGCCCCGGAAAACAGAACGGACACGCGAACGGGGGCUCCACCGACCAUGGAAGCAGCGACAGCGAGAGGGGGGAACAACUGUCGCCGGGGGAAGUGCCACGCCUCCACGAGGCGCCACCGGGGGGCAGCUGCACAUCCGCCUCCGUUAUCAACGGCAGCGGCGCCUCCCGCAUCUUCCAAAUACUCUAUCGCAACGAGGAGGUUCCACUGCGCGACAUCAUCCACUUCAGGUGCCAUUUACUAGUCGACAGUCGUCACCUCAAGGAGUCCAUUGAACGGGCCGAGUUCUCGCUGCAGUUGGAGCUCUGGUUUGGCGAGCAGAACGGCACGAGCAGCCUGAACGGCAAUGGCAGUGGAAUGGGAAUGGGCAGCUUCUCGGGACCGAGUAGUUCCAGCCUGACACUGGCCUCCUCGAGGAACCUGCAGCUGAACUUCCAUCCGGGACGUGGCCUUCACUACCAUCUGCCCGUGCUCUUCGACUACUUCCAUCUGGCGGCCAUCAGUGUGGGUAUCCAUGCCAGCCUUGUGGCCCUCCAUCAGCCGUAUAUCAAGAAAAGCAUGUUCUCGUAUAUGAAAUUCUGUGCCCCUCGCAGUUCGAAGCCGUGGAGUGCGGGCAAGCUGAGCUGCAGGGGAAACACUUCGCCGGGACCCUUGGAGGCGGUGUUCUUUGGACCCCAGAUCGGUGGCACCACCAAGUGCAGCGGCGGUCCGGCGGGCAGGCUGCUCCAAUCCAGAGCCAUUCACCGGGAGAUUUGCUGUUUGCUGCUAGGUGCCGUUGAACAACUGAAGGCCACUCUGAACGAGUUCAGUACAGUGUUACCUCCGAGUAUAAACUCGCAGAUAGGAUCUCCACCUUUACGAGAAAAUGACACGGGAGAAAGACUGCAGCUUUUGCUGGAACAGGCGAAGCAACUAGAGGCGGAGGAGGAUUUCGCCAUCAGGGCCAAUUCGGAUAUAGCCCAACUAUGUGCGGAAAGUAUUUUCUGGUGGCGUCGAGUACUCCUGGCCUCCAGAUCCUCCACAGCGGUUCACACACUCUUGGCCAGAAAGCAUCAUAUAUUAAGAGUGCGAAGAUUUGCCGAAGGUUUCUUUGUGCUGGAGCAACCGCGUCAUGCGGCGGCAGCUGGUUGCCAGGAUCAGGCGAAUGGCUCCCCCUCACCUGGUCACUGCCAGGGUUACGUGGCCAUUGCAGAGUUGGCCAGGAGGAGUCGCUACCUGCAAUCCCUGCCUCCCUUGCCCGUUCAUUGUACGCCCAUCGAUGGAGAUGCCUCCUCGUUACCUUUGAUCUUUGAGGAUCGCUAUGUGGCGCCCAAUAGCAACUAUAGCAGGCGAAGAUCGGGCAGUGAUCCCCAGCUGGAGGAGGGCCAUCAACCUGCAGGAGGUGGUAACUCAAAUCCAAAGAAAAAGGUGGACAAAACCCACUCGAGCAGCAGUUUGAAUGGGAUUAAGGACUGUCUGGCCUGCCAUUUCGACUACGAUUAUCCGCAAACGAAUGGCUCGGGAGGACCAGCUCAUCCGCAUGCCAAGUGUGUGAUUACCCCUAGAUUCGCCUUGGGUGGUGAGGUGCUCCAGGCCAGUCUAACCAUUGCUCCCAGUAAGGAGGCACCUCUGGAAGUGGCUCCCCCAUCCACACUGCGUCACAAUCUGUCCAGGCAUUCGGUCACCGGGUUGCUAGAGGAUCUGGACCUAGAUUCCAAUCUACCAGCGAGACACAGUAAAUCCCUGGAUCAACUGGACGGGUGUGAUGGGUUAAUAACCAACCCGGUUACCCUGACCAAUAAUCAUACGCUACCGCGUCUCCAGGCGGAUGAUCUGAUGAGGAACAUCUGUGAGUUUCGUCAGAGGUACGGAAAGUUCGACUAUCUCCAUGAGAUCAAGCUGCUCAAUCCUCCCAAGCAACAGGUGGUGGUUAGUCAACCACAGAACCACUGUACUAAUGGCUAUAACUCUUUACCGAAGUCUAUGGUUCCUCCGAGGAACUCCUAUCCAGGAGGAGGAGUUCCUCCCACCCAACACACCACCAUGCCCCGGAGCAGUUCCUCCCAGAUCCCUCGAGCUGUGGAGAUUGCCAGGGUGCGGGUGUCCGACAUCAAGGAGAUGCUGCGCCAGGGUCAGUUGAGGAAGGAGUCGAGCAGUUCCGAGAGCGACAUGAUGCAGAAGCUCCAGAUGCUGAGUUCGAACAGUGUGCCCUUUCGUUUGGAGGGAGCAAACAGUAAUAACAAUACCACCACCAGUAGUGAUCCGAAUACCAGUGGUUUCAGCGAAUCCCUGCCUAAUCUGGCUCCCCCUCCGGAAUUCGAUUCGGAUUCGCAGUUGAGGAGGCAGAGGAGCAACUCCACUUCGUCGCUGAGCGAGGAGAGUGGCUGGGUGAGCAGUCGGAGGAGCUCGUUGGCCAUCUCCAGUCCAGAUACCAUCACCAGUACGGGUUUAACCAAUAGACAGAGGCAUACCCAACUGAAUUUAGGCAUGGGUAUGGCCAUAGAAACUAGAUUAAAUGGCGAGCAAUUGAGAUUGAGACUCCAGAAGGUCCUGGAGCAACAGCAACUCCAGCAGCAACAUCCUCACAAGACCAGAAAAAGGCAAGCUGUGGGUUCCUCCAGUCAAAGUAGAACACCUGCCCGCCAGCAGAGCGAAAUGCACAAGAAGAUCUCCUCGGUGACGGUGAAUAUCAAGAGGGAGCGAUCUCGUUACCAGUUGGAUCGACUGCGUCAACUGCCCAAUGGUGAGUCCACGGAGGUGGAGGAGAUGGAGCCACCGCCCAGGAGGAAUCGUCAUAAGGCGACGACAACCUCCACCUGCGAGAAAUCCAAAUCCGACUUCGAUAUCACAAGUCUGAAGGACAUUCAACCCCUGGAUGCAGUGUGUCUGCCGCCUCCCCAGCAGUUUCAGGAUCAGGAGCAGCAGGAAAUGGGUUUGGUCCUGGCUCCACCGCCACCCGAUGAGUUCCGAGAUCCGCCACCCGAACCAGCUCCUGCUGCACUUCCUCCUCAGCAGACGGGAAAGACCAAGGCUAUCAUACCCUGUCAUAUAACACCACCUCCUCUGAAGGAACGACAACCCAUAGGUGCUAUAGAUAAUCCAGUUUACCACAUCUACGAGUCACUGCGUCCCAUCUCCACGCCAGCGAUCUUUAGUAACAAACCUGUGCUCAAAUCCCAUAGCCUCGCCGAGUUGAAGAGACCUUUGAAUCAAACUAAUCCCUCACUUAACCACCAAUGCAAAUCCCACACCACCAAUGGCAAUGGUUUGGAGAAUGGCUUAGACCACGAACAGGAUGAAAACAAGGAGAACUCCAAUGGUCAGGUGACUAGGACUUCGAAACAGGGACACAGUUCCAAUCCGAAUCCCAGUUCGAAACACAAACGGAAGGGAGGAGGACACACCACCGUAGUUCAGGAGGCUCCUCCCAGCAUCUCCCUGCUGGAAUUCGAAAAGUAUCGAGAGGAGUUCCGAAAACAGAUCAAAUACCAGGGUAGCAUCUACUCCGACUACGUUCAGUUGGCCUCGGAACUGCCCUACUUCUAUAUAAGUGAUGAGUACCGCGCUUUUUCGCCCAAUGGAAUGCACCUGGUCAUCUGUGUCCAUGGUUUGGAUGGCAACUCGGCGGAUUUGAGGCUGGUGCGUACUUAUUUGGAACUGGGAUUACCAGGUGUUAACCUGGAGUUCCUGAUGUCGGAGCGGAAUCAGGGAGACACCUUCUCGGACUUUGACACCAUGACUGAUCGGCUGGUAACCGAGAUACUCUACCAUAUCGAUAGCUGCGCCUUGAAUCCCGCACGAAUCUCAUUUGUGGCCCAUUCCCUGGGAACAAUCAUUGUGAGGAGUGCUUUGGCCAGGCCACAAAUGAGACCCCUGCUACCACGUCUGCAUACCUUUCUCUCGCUAUCGGGACCUCAUCUGGGAACACUCUACAAUACGAGUGGAUUGGUUAAUAUGGGAAUGUGGUUCAUGCAGAAGUGGAAAAAAUCGGGAUCCCUGCUGCAGCUGUGCAUGCGCGAUACCACCGAUAUGAGGAAUAGUUUCCUGUACAGGCUGAGCCAAAGAAGCACCCUGCAUCAUUUCAAGAACAUCCUGCUCUGCGGUUCCAGCCAGGAUCGCUAUGUUCCGGCGCAUUCAGCUCGAUUGGAACUUUGCAAGGCGGCCAUGAGGGACAGCUCAUCGCUGGGCACCAUUUACAGGGAAAUGGUGCAUAAUAUAAUCGCUCCGAUUUUGGCCAGGCCUGAACUGACUUUGGCCCGUUUCGAUGUCCAUCAUGCUCUGCCUCACACGGCCAAUACUUUAAUUGGUCGAGCGGCUCAUAUUGCUGUUCUGGAUUCGGAGUUAUUUAUUGAGAAAUUUAUGCUGAUCGCAGGACUGAAGUACUUCAGUUAACCAGGUCACUAAGGAACCAAAAAUACUGCUGACUUUUAAACUGUCUUUAGGAGAGUUCUAGUACAGAAUCGCAAGGGUUUAUAG